AUGGAUGCGACUCUGAAAGAGCUGACCAGCUUGGUGAAAGAAGUCUACCCGGAAGCACGGAAGAAGGGCACACACUUCAAUUUUGCAAUUGUUUUUACUGAUCUCAAGAGGCCUGGAUAUAGGGUGAAGGAGAUCGGCAGUACCAUGUCGGGCAGGAAGGGCACAGAUGAUUCCAUGACGUUGCAGUCUCAGAAAUUCCAGAUAGGAGACUACUUGGAUAUAGCAAUUACUCCUCCGAAUCGUGCGCCGCCCCCGUCGAGCCGCAUGCGACCGUACUAGCUUCUCGCCUCUUCGUGUGGUUGCAUCUUCUGUUUGUUCCCACUUGCUGUUCUAAAGCAGGC